AUGCCAGAACAUUUAGCCCAAGAUGUCAUUCCGCUAACACAAAUACACCGCAGCACACAGGUGAAAGCUCUGGAGAUACAGAACACAGAAGGCUUUUCGAACCUAGACAGCACCUUGCGUCACUUCAUCACCGCCCGCUCACAGGGCCACACCCAGCUGACACAACUGCUCAACAAUCAGUUCGACAACCUUAACGCCAAGUUAAUACGCGAGUCAAACCAGACACAGCAACAGGUUUCCGAACUCUCUACACGCCUGGAGCAUGAAUCAGCUAGUCGCGCCAAGCAUGCAGACUUUGAACGGUUUCUAGCAAGCUUGAAAUACCCCAGGAUGAACGAACGAAGGAACAAUGUGGCCGACAGUUACACAACAACGUUUGAAUGGGUGUUUAGAACCUCAGCCAGCGAAGAAACGUGCGACCAGUCUUCUAUCGAAGGCUCUGUGGAUGGCGAUGCAGGGUCUGACACACUUAGCUACAACGAGAGCGACAUCGAUAGCUUAUAUGAUGAUUCGAGUGAGGAUGAAGAAGUGUCAGUUGGGCUCGUUGAAUGGCUUACAUCCGUCAAUGACCCACUUUUCUGGAUCAGCGGCAAACCAGGAUCUGGAAAGAGCACAUUGAUGAAGUUUCUGCUUCAAAACCACCGGACGAGGAAACAUUUAGAGUUGGCUUACCCUGGAGCUUUAAUCGUCCUCCAUUUCUUCUGGCUGGCUGGCCAGGACAUGGAACGAAGUAUCAAGGGCCUCCUGUGCUCCUUACUACAUCAGUUGAUCAGCGAACGCGAGCAAGGGUACAUCGAUAUCGUCCAACACCUUGGCUUUGGCAAAGUGAAGUUAAAAGAGGGCUGCAGUGAUUGGUCAACAAAGGAACUCCAGGAAACAGUCUUUCAUGUUCUCGCAAGCUCGUCCGCGCCGGUUCUCAUAUUCCUCGAUGGCCUCGACGAAGUUGAUCCGUCCGACGGACCGCUUACACUCCUUAAGCUUGUCAAUGAUAUAUGCGCGCUUCCAAACAUAAAGGUCUGCACCACAAGUCGCCCGGAGCCAAUAUAUAGUCGACAAUUAAGCAUGAAACCUUCGUUUCGAGUCCAGGACCUUACAAGCCACGACAUUAAGAAAUGGCGUUUUCUGUGGGCGGCGCUGUCCGUGAAGAGUCUUCAAAGGGGUUUAGUUCAUGAGGAUUCAUUGGAUGAGCUUCAACGUCGACUGGACGCGUUACCUGACGGCCUGAACGCACUGUAUCAAGAUAUGUGGAACCGGCACAACGAAGAUAACCAGUUCAUCAAGAGUCGUUCAAAGUUCGCGAGGGAAAUUGUGACUCGAUCUGCUGGCUUGGUCGAGAUCUCCACCUCUGAGCAAGACAUAAGGCCGAACAUCGACUUCAUGUUCAUUCACCGAUCGGCCAGGGACUUUCUUACAGAAACCUUAGAAGGUCAAGCAAUCCUCAACCAUGACAAGACUACACCGAAAGAACGUAUGUUGAGUCUCAUGGAAGCUUAUCUUGCGAUGGCCGCAUUCUUCGACCCCAAAGGUUAUGGAUCCGAAACUCACCCCUGUGGCAAUGAGAGCCUAUUCUCAGUCAUCAGCCAGCUAGAUUGGAACAUGAAGUACGAGAAUAACCCUGUCGCACGGUUCCUUUCACAGCUUUUAUUAAGUUACAUGAAUGAGACAUCAUCACUGACGUCCAAACUCGGGCCCAGUUCCACAGGCUUCAUUCACCAACUUCGCCGUGUAUGUCAAAAAUCUCGGUGGGUUUUACAGGCCUUCUCUGCUUUGAAAACCGAUUUCCUUGGUGUAACUGCACAGUGGGCCUUUACACCGUGGUUGAUACAUGAAAGCGAGCACGAUGAGAACGCCUUUGGUUUAUUUUCAGCCAGCUACAGGACUUACCUGAUAUUCUCAGCGUUGCACACACGGGCGGAGAUCCUUACCAGAUGGAAUUCAAGAUGGCACCGCACAAAUGCCUUCGAUACGGUGUCUUAUUUGACACGCACUGGUAGCAUCAUUCCCAAUAGUCGCGCCCUUCGCUGGCAAUUCGUUUAUCUAGGGGACAUACUAGCAUCGGUAUGCUGCACGACCACGAUUCUCGCUGCCUGGCUUGAGCUUUUGUUCUCCACUGGCAUAGAAGGAACUGUUGUCGACGGCCACGGUGACAUGCAACAUCUCAUUGAUAUUGUUGAGCUGUGUGAACGGUUCAUUGAGCUGGGAGAGGACAUCAAAAACAGAGUAAUCUUUGUAUUUGACAGGGCCAAGGACGAUAGCGACCCCAUCGGGAUCUGGAGUUUGGGGGAUUAUACAGGCUUCCGUGAAGGGCUCCCUUUCUAUCGACAUCAGACUGGACUUCUUGUGGACCUCAACGUGGCCUUCCUUCUUGGGGCCUUUUGCGAUUGGGCCAUGAUACAUUGCCGCGACCCCAUGGUGUUGCAAAGGGUGGAAGGCUUGCGGCAUAUAGCCUCAAAUUGUAAGGAAUGCCAGGCUGUGGGCAUAACGAGAUACACCGACGAUACCAAUGAGUGGAUCAUUCACAAGCCAGACCGCGCUUCAAGGUACCUGGAUGGAAUUAAGGACAUACAAUACAAUGGCAAAGGGAAGUGGACUAUCCCUGUGGAGUUUAAAUCUGUCAAGGAAGAGACACAAAAGACGGACAAUAAUUCCACACCAGGAAGUGGAGGGGUCUCUGAUGAAGCGAGGGCUUCUUGUCAGAUGGCAAGACGUGGAGGGGGAUCCUAG